GAGGGAAAUGUGUUAGCACAGUUUUUUUGCUUUAUAAAGACGGCAGCAAACGGGGUUGAAAGCAACCUAAAAGAAGAAAGAAAAAAAGAUGAAAGAAUUUGAGGAGAUGAAAAAACUAAGGAAAGAGAUGGAAGAUAAACUGCAGGAGGAGCGAUCUGAGUUAGAAUACUCAAAGUUUAUCAACUUGGCACUAUUCCGAAAGGAACGUCAAAGCAACGAUGAGAAUCAAGAAGCACGGAAAGAGUUGAUUAAGGGAUUGAAAGAUUUAUCAGGUGAUGGAGCCACGAUCAGAGUGAAGGUGAUGGGAGAAGUUGAUGACAAGCCCCUCAUGAAAGCAUGCGAGCAGAGGUUCAGUGGCGAAAACGUUGUGCUGGAACAUGCCAAGCUUUGCUCUGAAGUGCAGAAUGCCCUCAAGGAUCCAGCAUGGCACCCAUUCAAACGCGUGGUGAUUGGAGAAGAAGAGGUAAUUGAUGAAGAAGAUGAGAAACUUAAGAAUCUGAGUCAUGAGUGGGGAGAGGAUGUGAAGAACGCAGUUAAGACAGCACUCGAGGAGCUCCACGAGUUUAACGGAAGAGGUCGGUACGCAAUUUCUGUGAUGUGGAAUGUUGAACAAGGGAGAGAAGCCAGAGUACUGCCUGAAGGGAUUGUUGCUCUCAUGGCGCAACAGGUCAAGCAUCCCUAACGCAAACGUACUUGAUCAAGCAGUCUUUGGAUCUAUCUCAUUUUGUGUCUCAGAAAACUUAUCGUUCUUACUUCUUAAGCCCAAGGAGGGUUUCCUAAUAAUGUUGCUGGUUUCUUAUCGUUUUCAGCUCGUGGUUUGCCAAACUAUAUAUUAUAUAUUAUUCUCUUGUUAUAGAACAAGAUGUUUGUUUGAAUUACUCUUGCAAAAGAGAACGCGAGAC